AUGUCACGUCCCGAGCAUCAGGGAUCACCUCCGCAAGCUGCACGCAGGUCAGCAGCAGCAAACAGCAAUGACAGAGAGCUUAGCAGCUCUGCAGAGAACGACAACGAACCAACCAACCUCCGAGUCAGUGAUCCUCAAGAAGACGACGACACUGGCAGCUAUGACGAGUUCAUCGAACUUCUCGCUGUCAUGGGACGUCACAAGCAUGCCAAGGGUGCAAGCCCGAACGUUGUGGCACGCUACGAAAAGUACAAGGACGCCGGAAGAUGGCUGCCUCGGGGCAUCAGCCCCGUCUGCGACGUGAAGAGCAUGCUCACCGUCGGAAUAACACUGUUUGACAUACCCGAGGAAGACUGGGAGCUCACUGGUGAGCUCGGUAAAUAUGAAUACGACGAAAUCUUGAAGUUCGUGAAGCAAUACAAUGCAUUCCAGGCCAUGUGCCCUGUUAUCACCGCUCAGCUUGCAUUAUUCGAAAACAAACCUGACGCAAUUGCAGAUCUGGCAGAAUUCCUCGAAAGCAAAGGAGGGAAGGCCCGCACUGAUGACGUGCAAAAGGUCAAAGACAGCUGUCUCAAGUACUUACCUGAACUAGGUCGCUCCGACAUCCAAAAUCCUCCGGACAACCUUGCCAAGGAACUGCGUGGCUUCGAGAAUCUUGCCACUGGCCGCCUGCUUACCCCGCGCUCCAUGCGUGAUGUCUUCGACGAUAACCCUACUCAAUUUUGUCUCAAGGCUCGCCUGGGCGAGCGUGCAUUCGAUGCUGAUGACUUCGCAACGUUCUUGUACCCGGAGCACCAUUACGACGCCGGUGAUCCAUCGGAACACCUCCUCAUGUCGCCGUACCUUCUCGCUAAUUUUCGUGCUAUGUACCAAGGCAAGAAGAGUGCAUCUACUGGACAAGGUGAAAGCAGUAGCAAAGCCAAUGCAGGCCGCCCUGUACUCUUCAAGAUGUGGAAGGUUCAGACGGUCACGCCGGAAUAUAUAUGCUAUUGCGCUUUCAUUCUACGCUUUGGCUUGACAUCGCAGCGCUUCUGGGACGAGAACGACGGCGAACACAUUGGCAAGCAAUUUUAUAAUAAUCUCAUGCUACUCUUCGAGGAUGAGGCGUGGACGAAGAAGACCCUUGCAUGGUGGAACAAGGAGAUCUUUGGCAAGAUGACCCACGAGCUCGCGCCCAACGGAAACCCUGUUCAGCGUCGUAACGGCCCGUCAAUGCUUGAGCUCAUCAAGAUACGCCGCUUGGAGCGUGCGCGGGCAGCAUCUGCGACUCCCGCGCUUACAUCUCGGGGACCCAGCGAGCAGAUCGAGGGCGCAGCAGAUGCUCGUGAUGACGAAGCCCAGGAGACAACUGCGCAUGAAGGAGACCAGGGCAGUCACAGUGGCGAAGAGGAGGACGAGGGCGAAGGCGGGGGCAGUGGCGAUGGCGACGGCGACGGAGGAGCUCACUGA